AUGUCAUGUCUGUUGUGCUUGUUUGCUAUUCGUGUUUCCUCUGUAACAAACAGCAGCGGCAACAGAUUGAUUGGGAUUCCGACCGUGGAUUGCCGCAGCUCUGAUGUGAGAAUUUCGUUCACGACGGAGAAGCCAUUCGUUAGCCGCGUUUACGUGAAGGGACGAAGUGCGGACAGGCAGUGCUCACGCAACUUCGUGAAGAACCUCGAUCAAACUCAGGUCACCAUGUUAAUUGGUCAGAACGAGUGCGGCAUGAAGGAAAACACAUUCAAGACAAGGUCAGACUCGGAUGGCGUAACCUUGACUAUUACGAUUGUCAUUAGUUUCCACGGAACGUUUGAAAUUCAUGCUGACCAUGGAUUUGAGGUGCUGUGUUCCAUACCACGACGUCGAAGAGUCAAAAGCCAGCUAGACGUAAAGCCGCUGAAGGCCAUAGAAAUCAACGGUACCUCAAAGCUGCCCGAAUGCACUUACGUCAUACACCGACAUUCGGAGAAUGGUGAGGUUAUUCGCUACGCUGAGAUUGGCACAAAAGUGGCGCACCCACCGCCGAGUCGAGUCCAGCUGCUGGACAGUCGUGGUUGUGCGGCUGACCCUCUCAUUCAGACCAACGUUCACUAUUCGUCUGAGCUAAAUCGAGCAUACGCUGAAUCCUGGGCGUACAGGUUCAGCGACACUGCUGAGUUAAAAUUUCAGUGUGAACUUGAACUGUGCCGAAGAUCGAUCGGUGAGUGCGACGAGGUCACUCCACCUCGAUGUACGCGCUUUAAGCGACUACUAAGAAGUAACAUGGCUGCAAAGGCGGCGGGUGAAGACGAACGUCCACCUGAAAAGAUAUACCUAUCGCUGAGGUCGUGA